AUGAGGCCUCAAGAUGUUCCUGAGGACCAAGUCAUCUUAAGGAUAUUUCCUUAUUCACUAGAAGAUGCAGCAAGGGAGUGGAUGUACUGUUUAGCACCUAGAUCCAUCACCAGCUGGGAUGAUAUGAAGAGCUUGGAUAGGAGUAUGAUUGAUGUUGCCGGUGGUGGAGCACUAGAAGCUACGACUCCUACUGAAGCCAGGAACUUGAUUGAGAAGAUGGCUUCCAACUCCCAGCAGUUUGGCACCAAGAGUGAUACUAUUGUGGUGAAGGGAGUACAUGAUAUUGCUACCCAGUCUUCAUCAUCUGACGAUAGGAAAUUGGAAAGCAAGCUCGAUUCUCUUGUGAGUUUGGUGUCACAGAUGGCUUCAAAUCAGAGACUAGCAUCUCCAUCUAAAUUUGUUGCACGACAUUGUGGUAUAUGUUUCUCCUAUGAGCACUAUACAUAUGAAUGUCCUACUUUGCAGUAA